CCUUCUUGCUCCCCUCCUUGUCCCACUCGACAUAUCUUCAACGGAGUUGAUGGAAAUGUGUUCGAAGCGAGUAGAUCGUCCUUCGGAAUUCCAGAGUCUGUUCUGUGAAAAAAUAUCUCCUCCUCAAGCGCCGAAUGCGCCAGAACUCAAAAGGUGUUCCUCCCCGCCUUCUGUGACGUCCCUUCUUCGGCCAACUCCUCUAGUGGUUGUUGAAUCGAGAAAAGACGCGCAAGCACCUGAGCUGCAAAGGUUUUGUGAAAGUGCUCCAAUUGCGCUUAUUAGAGGGCUCACUGGAGUGCUGAAAAUGGACUUGAGCUUGUUUUCCACCAAAACACUUUUGGAAGUUGCUCCAGAACACGAAGUGGAGGUUCGAACACAAUACAAGAUGCCAUGCGAUGUCAAUGUCGAUCAUUUGGGUCAUCCCACAUGGGAAUGCAUGAGCACUCGAUCUUACACUACAGUCAUGAAAUAUGCUCAGUACCAAGCCGAGACCUUCAAGCACUCUUUAAAAGAGUUCAAAGCUCUUCUAUUCCAAAUAAGAGUCGUGGAAAUCGCUGGUCUUUCCGAUAAAUGAGG